AUCCCUCCCCACAUGCUCCUCUUCUGCCCACCCUUUCCAUUCUUCAUCUCUCCAAAAACUUCCCCAUCAAAAGUCUGAAAACUAGACAGAAAUCCAAGUGAAAAUUAUGGCCAGCAGCUCCGAUAAUCUGUCAUUAGUUCACAGAACCCAACAUAAUCAACAAAAUGACGACCAAUCACAACCCGUUCUCGAACCACAAACCAACCACAAGCCUCCCCAUUCCUCCGCCAACCCCAUUCGAUACAUGCUCCGCGAGCAGCGUUUUAUCUUCGUCCUCAUUGGUGUCGCCAUCGCUGUUUUCUUCUUCACCACCUUCCUGGCAUCGAACCCACUAGUGGAAUCCGUUCACGACCCUCGUCUCGAAUCCGGAUUAGGUUCUGAUAAGCCGGGUAUUGAUCAACCGGCCAACCCUAUCCGGAGGGUGCUGUUGGAGACGCGGAAUGUGGGAGGGAAGGUACCGCUGGGGAUGAGGAAGAAGAACAUGAGGAUUGUUGUGACGGGUGGGGCCGGGUUCGUGGGGAGCCACCUCGUGGACCGUCUGAUCGCGAGAGGGGACAGCGUGAUCGUGCUGGAUAAUUUUUUUACCGGGAGGAAGGAGAACUUGGCGCACCACUUCGGGAACCCGAAGUUCGAGCUGAUUCGACACGACGUGGUCGAGCCGAUAUUGUUGGAGGUUGACCAGAUCUACCACCUCGCUUGCCCGGCAUCCCCUGUGCAUUACAAGUUCAAUCCGGUCAAGACAAUUAAGACAAAUGUGGUGGGAACACUGAACAUGCUUGGACUGGCAAAAAGGGUUGGUGCACGCUUCUUGCUGACAAGCACCAGUGAGGUUUACGGUGACCCCUUGCAGCACCCUCAGGUCGAGUCCUACUGGGGUAAUGUCAACCCCAUCGGUGUACGGAGCUGCUACGAUGAGGGAAAACGCACAGCAGAGACUCUGACCAUGGACUACCACAGAGGCCUUGGCAUUGAGGUGAGGAUUGCUCGGAUUUUCAACACUUAUGGACCGCGUAUGUGCAUCGAUGAUGGUCCUGUUGUUAGCAAUUUCGUAGCUCAGGCAUUAAGGACUGAGCCAUUGACAGUUUAUGGAGAUGGCAAGCAAACCAGAAGUUUCCAAUACGUUUCUGACUUGGUCGAGGGUCUAAUGCGGCUGAUGGAAGGAAAUCAUGUAGGCCCUUUCAACCUUGGCAACCCUGGCGAAUUCACCAUGCUAGAACUUGCCCAGGUUGUGCAAGACACAAUAGAUCCAAAUGCGAAGAUAGAGUUCAGGCCCAACACAGAGGACGACCCGCACAAGAGGAAGCCGGACAUUUCCAAGGCUAAGGAGCUUCUAGGGUGGGAGCCCACCGUGUCCCUCCGCAAGGGGUUGCCGCUCAUGGUUACAGACUUCAGGCAGCGUAUUUUUGGUGACUCUAAGGAUAGAGAUGCAGGCUCCGCUAUGUGAUGUUUUUGUAUUAGAUUUUUUAUGUAUUUCGAGGAAAAAUAUAGGAGAAUUCAGAAAAAAAGAAAAGAAAAGAAAAAGAUAUAUAGAUGUGGAAAAUAAAGUUAGAAUUAAAUUGAGUUUCUAAUAUAUUAUAUAUUUAGUGUUUCUUGGUUAAUUACUCUUUAUAGGAAUAAAACUUGGCAUUCUUGCAUAUGCCAAUGGAAGAUUAUUGUGAGAAUUGUA